AUGACUUUGGAACUGAGCACUCAUCCCACGAUGCCGUUGGACUUCAGUAACGGGUCUAAUAGGGAUGAUUCCGGGAGUCCCGAAGUAAACGUCUCCGAUUCUCCCAAUUCGAGCCCGCCGGGUAGUAGCGCCUUUACCAUCGUGACACCCAAAGGGCGAGAAGGUGUUGAUAGAAAUGGAUCCCCUUUACAAUUUCCAUCCCCAAGUGGCUUUGCUUCGUAUUGUCGGAACAUUUGGGGAUCACCGAUUAUCUCAGCCGGUUCCAGGUAUCUUUCGCCGUUUUCUGAAGGAAAUAUCAAAGAAAAAUCUUCAGAGCCCAUCAAAUUUGGUAUUAGCAGAUUAGUAUCGAAAUCAGAUGACGAAGAAGACCACGGAAAUAAUAACAACAAUUCCAAACCUUACCAAAGAGAGGGCAGUUAUUAUAGCGGCGAUGAGCGCUCAUCCCCUAAAUAUAGCAACCAAAGGUGGGAGCAACAUUCCUCACCGAGACCUUCGCCUAGUACUUCCCCCGAACUGGAGGUGGAUUCUCCGGUACACUCUAGAUCGAAUUCUCCUUUUCCUAGGCCGUCAUCAGUGACCGAAAUUCAAAAAAUCGAUCCUUCCAGUAAAAAAUCCGAAGCCUUUUCAGUGAGUGCUCUUUUACGACCGGAUAACCCAAAAAAAGUAGACAAUAGAUGUGUUCAAGAAACGAUCUCAGUUACCAAAUCAUAUUUCUAUCCCCCGUUUAUGGAUUUCGUUAAAGACGCCCAAUUAAAAUCAGCGCAAGAAUACACCUCCCAAUUUCUACCGAGGCAUUUAGUUCCUUCGGGGUUCUUCCCCUCCAAUAUAUACCCACAAAAAGACGGAGAAGAAAGAAGUUUUCUGCCGAAUCCCACCUCCUUGUACUUCAGCGCGAUGGCAGCAGCGAUGGCCUCGGGACAAUCUCAACCCGGUAGUUAUCCAGCUCCUCCAACGGCCGAAGAACUCUAUAGAUUAAGGCACCACCUGAUGAAUAACCCUUCUGGAGUUCAUCCUCACCACCACCACUUCCUUAUGCGACCAGGUUUGAUGCCCAUAGGGGAUGUUUACUCGUGCAUAAAGUGCGAAAAGAUGUUUUCCACACCGCACGGUCUUGAAGUACAUGCUAGGAGAUCACACAACGGUAAAAGACCUUUCGCCUGUGAACUUUGUAAUAAAACUUUUGGACACGAGAUCAGCUUAAGUCAGCACAGGGCUGUUCAUAACGUGGAAAAAGUUUUCGAGUGCAAACAAUGUGGGAAGUCUUUCAAAAGAUCUUCGACGUUAUCGACGCACUUGCUGAUACAUUCUGAUACGAGGCCUUACCCUUGCCAGUAUUGCGGCAAGAGGUUCCAUCAGAAGUCUGAUAUGAAAAAGCACACCUAUAUCCAUACGGGUGAAAAACCUCACAAAUGCACAGUGUGUGGCAAAGCUUUCAGUCAAUCCUCCAACCUCAUCACACAUUCCAGAAAGCACACAGGCUUCAAACCCUUCGCUUGCGAUCUCUGUGGGCGAGCAUUCCAACGCAAAGUAGACUUAAGGAGACACAAAGAGACCCAACACACAGAGCUAAGGCCUAUCGUUACAUAG